AUGUCGGAGCCCGAGGGAGUGAAGGCAUGGUUUGCUUGUGGGCCUGGCAUGUGCGACAUGGAUGCAGCCACGACAAGCGAUGGCUUGAGGAUAUUCGCCGGUGGGGCGGAAGGCAUGGUCAAGGUGUUCGACCCGAAGAGCUCGAGCAUCCAGGACGCCGUCGCAGAGCUCAACCUCGACGUCAAUGACGAGGGGGACGAGGGCCUCGCGGUCACCGCCGUGGCCGUCAGCCCUGCCGGCGACGAGCUGGCUGUGGGCCUCAGGAACGGGGACGUCAAGCUGCACGGGCUUCCAAAGCUGGACUUCAAGUCGAUGCUCACGAGGUUCACGGCCCCGGUGCUCGGCCUGGCCUACGGCAUGAAGGACGGGGACGUGAUUGCCGCGUGCAGCGAGGAGCCGGGCAUCCGAGUUGUCAGGAGGAGCAACAACAGCAAGGUUCUUACCCUCACCGACAUGAGCGGGGGCGUGAAAAGCGUCGACUGGGACCCUCGGGGGGACUUCCUUGCUGCCUCGGGCUUCGACGGGACUGUGAAGGUGUGGAGAGUCGACCCGUCCCUGGAUGAUCUGAGCACGGAGGUGGUUAUGUCGGAGAGCUACUUCGUCAAGGAGGCGAUCGGGGGAUCGGCGGAGUUCGAGCACCUCGGCAAGGUCGCUUGGCACCCAGACGGGAAGAGCUUGAGCGUCACGGGCGCCGCGGACCCCCUGAUGCUCAUGCGAGACUCGUGGAAACGGUCGAUCAUCGUCCCCGAGAACGCCGAAGACGGGGGGCACACCAAGGAGAUCACCAUCGCCGCCUUCAGCCCGGACGGCGGGCAGCACCUCGCCACCGCCGCCCUCGACGGUCGCGUGGUGGUGUGGAACGUGGAGGACAAGCUUGCCGUGAAGACCUUCGUCAACACCGACCAGGAGAACUGGCGACACCUUAAGUGGCUGGACAAGUCGACCGUGGCGGCGUUGUCGAUCGGCGGAGGCGUUUGCACCCUCAGCUACGACCCCGUAACGGCAGCCGCCAAGCCUACCGAGAAGAGCUGUGGCAACAGCGCCACGGAGUACCUUAAGGAUGCUGGCGAAGAGCCGGCGGACAGGCAAGCGGGGAGAAGAGGGAAGGGAUCUUCCAAGCAUCUCUUCGACGAGGAAGCGGCGGAGGACAAGGACGGCAACAUCUCCGAGGCGGACACGGCGGAGAUCGCGGACGGGGCGGACGACAUCGCCGCCGGUGACAUCACGGUGGAGACCACACCGCGGCAGGACCCGUUCCAGCCGUCGUCUACCCCGCUGGGGGAUACCCGUAGGUACCUCUGCUGGAACCGCGUGGGCACGAUCGUCAGCGUAGACGAGGAGAGCGUGGUGUCGGUGGCGGUUGGGAGGGGAUGGGUGGCGGCGGCGACGAAUCGCCAGCUGGUCAGGCUCUUCUCGGCUAGCGGACUGCAGGGGGAGACUAUCAUGCUUCCGGGGCCCGUGGUGUCGAUGGUCGGCAGCGGCGAUGUCCUGAUGGUGGCGUUCCACAAGGGAGAACCGAUAGGCGACGGCCAGAACCUGGGGUACAAGCUGCUGGACGUCGGAGGAAAGCGCGAGUUGUCCAAGGGAGGGCUCUGCCUGUCGCCGGGGUCGGAGCUGACCUGGCUGGGGUCGAGCGAGGAGGGGAUGGUGAUGGCCAUGGACUCGGCCGGUCUGGUGUCGGCGCUGACGAGAUCCUUCGGGUGGCAGUGGACGCCCCUCCUGGACACCCUCAAGGUGUCCAAGAGCAAGAGGUACCGCUUCUGGCCGGUGGGGGUGGUGUCCGGCAAGCUUCUCGCGGCCACCCUUAAGGACGGAGAGGAACACCCCGCCGCCUACCCUCGCCCCGUCAUUACAGCGGUGCCCCUGACGGCCAUCUGCGCCCAGUCCCAGGACGGCGAGGAGAUGUCCAAGUUCGACAAGUCCUUCCCGGCGAUGGAGGCGAGGGCUAAGCAAAGAAAGUUCAACCUCGACCAUGGCCUAGUCAUGGGGGAUGAUGUCUCCGCGGAGCCUGAGGAGAUGGAGGGAGAGCUCAUGACGCAGCUGGCUAAGCUGGACACGAUGGUGGUGAAGAGGAUCCAGGAGGCCUGCGCGGCGGAGAAGCCUGAGCGUGCGAUGGACCUGUCCUCUCUCCUGCACCUCGAGAAGUCCUACUCCAUCGCCAUCAAGGUGGCCAACCACCACGGGCUAACUUCCUUGGCGGCGGGCAUGGACGACGCCAUGGUGGCGAAGUUCCAGGGUCCAGACGACGAAGAUGCCUUUGAUGGCGACGAAGGGUCCGAAGCUGGCGACGGGGGGUGGGCAAGGAGCGGGCGUUCUGGCGGCGCUGCAGGCGGAGGUCGGGGAGGCGGGGGGGGGGGGGACGAGGAACAAAACCUUGGUCCGCUAGACCGGGCGAGGCUCGAACAAGCAAGGCGCAAGUCACGAGAAGAGUCAGUGGCCCCGCCCCGGCGACCGCCGCCGCCGGCCGCCGGGGGCCCCGGGGGUCGGUACGACGGGGGGGAGGACGAGGACGGGGACGGCGUUGACGGUUUCACGCCUGGAAACCCCGUGGGCGUCGACGACAGCGACGAUGGCGGCGGUGCCGCGGACGAAGCGGAGAUCGUAGACUCCGACGACAACAACGGCGGCAGCGCGGGUGGCGUUGCCAAGGGCAGGAAGCGGCGGAUGCAGGAGCAGGAGCAGGAGGAGGAGGAGGAGGAGGAAGUUGCGCCCCCCCUCGCGCCAAGGAACCCAUUCGCCCGCGGCGGGAAGACUUUCGCGUCUCCCCCUAGGAAGAAGCGCAAGGACGUGUUGGAGACGAUGAACGACCUCCGGGGGUCCCCGUCCCCCGUGUCCUCGAAGCGGCCCCCGCUAAGCCGGCUGUCGUCCUUCUCGGCGGAGGCUCGCACCAAGAACAGGAACGACCGGAACGUUCUGUGAAUAUCUCAGGAACGUUGUGAGGAGCGUUCUCUGUGACGACAAGGAACCUACGGUGACCAGCGGAGGACUCCUUUGGUCCCGGUCACGCACAGCAUACUAUCUCUAUGUACACAUUUAUUUUUAUGCGGCUUGGUGUAUGGAAAACUAUCGUGCCACGUUUUACUGGUCAGCUUGUCGCUUCCCGCACUCGGCGCGUGCGUGUAGUGUUGCCGUCGGCAUGAUGCGUUCGAGUUUUUCCGCACACAUGUGGCUUCGUUCAGUAGAUUCGGGCCUGCGGGCCCACUUUUACGCACCCAUCUCGAAGACGGCGGCGGUGGUGGUAGCGGUGUGGCGUGGUUAUCUUUGGGCCUACCCGGAUUCGAUGCAUGGUCGUGGUUAACAGUUAGACAUGGAGCUUGAAAGGCGACUAUGGGUAGUAGGUACGGUAGGUGGGCCUAAGGCUCGAAAUGAGGAUAGUCUCAGCCCCUGACGUCUCGUCGUAGCGCCCAUUUCUUUGACGGGUAUUUGGGAUAGGGUGGGAAGGGGACAUAGGAUUGUUUGGGUUAG